GCUCGACCCCCGCCGCCGCUGCCCGUCAGACCGGCGCCGGAGGCCCCGCCACCGCCGGCUCCGGCACCGCGGCCCGCCGCCGACGACAGCGUCUUCCUCGAAAGCGCCCCCGACUGCCGGCAUGGCGGGAACGACGAGGACGACGAGGACGAGGACACGGACGGGGACGAGGAGGACGAGAAGGCCUCGGUCAUCUUCGCGAGGUGCGGCCGGAGCGCGAGCAGCCGGAGCCGCGACGACGAGGACGAGAUCAUGGCCGAGGACGUGGAGCUGCUGGACGAGGGCCCCGGGACGUCGAGCGGCCGGAACCGGCUCAGGCCGCCGCUUUCCACGACCGCCGGCCUGUCCGCCGACUCGGGCACCGGGGCCGACUCGGGCAGCGCCGAAGUCGCCGUCGACGGGGGCGCCGGCACGCCUCUCCAGCAGCAGGAGGCGCCAGCCGAGAACGACGAGGACGGGGACGCCGAGGGCGCCGACGAGGUCGCCGACGACGAGCUGGCCGACGAGCUCGACGAGCUGAGACGCAGACACGAGGCGCGGAGCGCGCUCACGCCGAGCGGCGCGAGACUGGCCUCGUACAGCAGCUCCGGCGGCAAGGCGGCCGCCAAGCAGCAGGUCAAGCCCUUCACCAAGGACAGCCUCGACAGGCUGGAGAACAAGCACGUGCAGCUCGUCAGGGACUACGGCUUCCAGCCCAAGAGAAAGACUUCCGUCGAGGACGGCGGCGUGCUGCCCCACAAGUUCGAACCCUUUCCCUCGAAUCUCUACGGCAGGCCCCUCGAGGAGAUCGACAAUUUUAUUUACGACGAGACGUUCUGUGUGGUGUCAAAGAGGUUUCGCAAAAAUUACAUUCAUCGUUUCACAGCGACCAAGAGCUGGUUCAUCUUCUCACCGUGGAAUCCCAUAAGGCGCUGCUGCAUCUUCCUUAGCACGAAUCAGUACUUCGAUUACAUGGUCAUGACCACCAUAAUACUAAACUGUGUCUUCCUAGCCAUGACCGAGACUAUCGAAGAAGCCGAAUAUAUCUUCCUAGCCAUCUACACGGCAGAAAUGGUGAUAAAGUCCAUAGCCAAGGGAUUCAUACUGAACAAGUACACGUAUCUGAGGAAUCCGUGGAAUUGGCUGGACUUCGUAGUAAUUACGAGCGGGUACGCGACCAUCGGAAUGGAGGUCGGUAAUCUCGCUGGUCUCAGGACGUUCAGGGUAUUGAGAGCCCUUAAGACUGUUUCAAUUAUGCCAGGGUUAAAGACCAUCAUCAACGCUCUGCUGCACAGUUUCAAGCAGCUCGCCGAGGUAAUGACACUCACGAUCUUUUGCCUCAUGGUCUUCGCUCUUUUCGCUCUGCAAGUUUACAUGGGUGAGCUCAGGAACAAGUGCGUCAGGCACAUGGAGCCCAAUGCCACUCCGGUCGACUGGAGAGAGUGGACUUGGAACUCGUCCAACUGGGCGUUCAACGAGGACGAGGAGCCCAUCAUCUGCGGAAACGUCACCGGAGCCAGGCACUGCAACGAGAGCUACACGUGUCUGUGCGUCGGACCGAAUCCAAACCACGGCUACACGAACUUCGACAACUUUUUGUGGUCGAUGCUCACCACCUUUCAGCUCAUCACCCUCGAUUACUGGGAGGACGUGUACAACAAGGUCUUGUCGGCUUGCGGUCCGAUUAGCGUCACUUUCUUCACUGUGGUCGUGUUCUUCGGCUCUUUCUACCUCAUUAACCUGAUGCUCGCCGUCGUGGCGUUAAGCUACGAGGAAGAGGCUGAAAUCACAAAUGAGGAAAGGAGAAAGGACCUGACCGACCACCGCGAAGACUCGACGUUCAGCUUCGACCCGACCAAGAUCAACAUAAAGACACUGACGAAGGAGAAGCAGAAGAAAAUAGACGCGAGGAAGGGUGUACUGCUGAGCAGCUACUCGCGCAAGCGGACGCGGAGACGAAAACGCGGCCGGAGCACCGUCGGCCACGAGAAAAACAAUGGCAAUCGCAGCAGGUCUGUGACACCAAGUCCUAGUCCGAGUCCGCGUCACUCGGGCAUCCGGCCGUCCCACCUGCCGCUGCAGUCAGCCUUACAGCAGCAGCAGCAGCAGCAAUCACCUGUUGAGAAUCAACAGCAGCAACAACAAGAACAACAACAACCCCAAUCGCAACAACAGCCCCAGCAGCAGAUCCAACAACAGCCCCUAGCUCCUCCCCGUCUCCCAGCCGAGAGCAACGUGGUCCAUCGACUUGCUCCCCGAAACAUGCUGCAGUCACGACAAGCCAGCAACAACAGUAACCAGCAGUCAUCGAUGGACGACUCAGGGGUAGUGGACGACCACGACGGCGAUGACGUCACCUCCGCCGAGGAGCACGAUCGUCAACACCACCCGCAGCGCGAACACCGGCUCCAGGAACGACACCACCUGGAUAAACGCAGGAAUUUGCAUCAGCAGCAGCAGCAGCAGCAGCUGGUGCAGCAAGAGAAGCUGGGCAGAGGACAAGAGUACCCGCCACCCACGCCCGUCACAGUCUCCGUAAGGACGAGCAACAGAGAGAUCAGAGUGCUCAAAUGCAACGGCAUCAAGAGCAAGAAGCAUCUCUACUCGCUGCCGCCCGAGUAUCUCUCCCACAUCGUCGUUUUAGACGAUCUGCCGGAUAGAAACUGCGACAGAUGUAUACAGUGCUGCGUCGAUUACGAGGGCUGGCUGCGCUUUCAAAAUUGCUUGUACAAGGUGGUGAGGGACCCGCUUUUCGAGCUCACGAUCACCUUGUGCAUUGUCCUCAACACGGGUUUCUUGGCCAUGGAGCAUCACGGCAUGAGCGAGUCGAUUCGCCAGGCCCUCAACAUCGGCAACAAGGUCUUCACCAGUAUCUUCACCUUCGAGUGCUUCCUCAAGCUCAUGGCUCUCAGCAAGGACUUCUUCAACAACGGCUGGAACAACUUUGACCUGAUAAUCGUUUCUGCCUCGCUGAUCGACCUAACCUUCGAGCUGGUCGACGGUCUAUCUGUGAUCCGGGGUCUGCGUCUCCUGCGCGUCCUCAAACUCGCCCAGUCCUGGACCACGAUGAAGGUCCUGCUGAGCAUCAUCAUCUCGUCGAUCGGUGCCCUCGGUAACCUGACCUUCGUUCUCGUCAUCGUCAUCUACAUCUUCGCCGUGAUCGGAAUGCAGCUCUUUAGCAAGGAUUACACGCUGGACAAGUUCGAGCCCGACCCGGUACCACGCUGGAACUUCAACGACUUCUUCCACUCGUUCAUGAUGAUCUUUCGCAUCCUCUGCGGAGAAUGGAUCGAGCCGCUCUGGGACUGCAUGCGAGCCGAGCGAGACGAGGGUCCGGGAACGUGCUUCGCCAUAUUCCUGCCGGCACUGGUCAUGGGUAAUUUCAUGGUCCUCAACCUCUUCUUGGCCUUGUUGCUCAACAGCUUCAAUUCCGAGGAACUAAAACAGAAGAAGGAGGAGGUCGGCGAGGACUCCAAGCUGGCCAGAUCCUUUGAUCGGAUCAGAUCCAUCGUGAGAAAGAAGAAGUACAAGAAGGAAGACUCGGAGAACGAGAAGAACAACAAGCUCGAGCAGAUCGUCCGAGAGGUGAUGGACAAGUCGGAGAAGGACAAGUACGCGAUACAGGAGACGGUUUUGAACCUGCCCAAGGACAACAUCUACAGCAGGUCGUACCAGGAGAGUCUGAACCAGCCGGUCUUCACCUACGAGCCGAUCUACCGCCAAACGGCGCCGGUCUUCUCGGAUGAAACUCAGAAGAUGACCGAGGAGACGACCAAGCUCCAGAAGGAGAAGGAGGCCCAGAUGGAAGAGGAAGAAAAGAAGCAGGAGAAGGACGAGCAGCAGCCGGAGAGCAUAGAGAUGACGGUGUUCAAGGACGCCAGUGCCAAAGCGGAGGAGGCUGCGGCAUCGAUGCCACGUACGCCCAUCAAAAAGGACGAGAGGGAGAAGCGUCCAUGGCACGCGCUCGUCAGCUAUGUGGACGAACUGACCGUCGGAGGCAGAAGGGACAGUCAGGGUAACUACGUCGACGCGAUGGAGUCCUUUCCUGGCUUCGGCAAGCACAAGCCACCCAAGGUGCCACAGGACUGUUUUCCACAACACUGCUACGAAAAGUGCGCGUGUAUAAACAAGUGCCUAGCAACGAACAUUGGUAAAAAAUGGGUAGACGUUCGGACUGCUGUGCUCUCGGUUGUAGACACGCCCGCCUUCGAGUGGAUGAUCCUGGUGAUGAUAUUCGCAUCUUCGAUAACGCUCUGCUUCGAGGACAUCUACCUGGACGACAAUCCCUUUCUCAAGAAGAUCCUCUACUGGACCAAUCUCGCGUUCUGCGUUCUCUUCAGCAUCGAGAUGCUGCUUAAGUGGCUGGCGCUGGGUUACUGUAAAUACUUCACCAGUUUCUGGACGAUCCUGGACUUUAUAAUCGUUUUCGUAUCCAUAUUUAGUCUAUUAAUAGAGGAAAAUGAAAACCUUAAAGUGCUGCGCUCCCUGAGAACCCUCAGAGCUCUGAGGCCGCUAAGGGCGAUUUCACGCUGGCAAGGCAUGAGGAUCGUAGUGAACGCGUUGAUGUACGCAAUACCCAGUAUCUUCAACGUACUCCUUGUCUGUCUCGUGUUCUGGCUGAUCUUCUCCAUUAUGGGCGUUCAAUUUUUCGGAGGCAAAUUUUUCAAAUGCCUCGACGAGCAAGGCAUGUUAUUGGAUAUAUCCGUGGUCAACACGAAGGAAGAUUGCUUCAGACAGAAUUACACUUGGGAGAACAGCAAGAUCACGUUCGAUCACGUGGGGAUCGCCUACUUGGCCCUGUUUCAAGUUGCGACCUUCGAGGGCUGGAUGGAAGUGAUGGAGGACGCGGUCGAUGCGCGGGGCGUGGAUCUCCAGCCCCAACGCGAAGCCAAUCUCUACGCCUAUAUCUACUUUGUGAUAUUCAUCGUCUGCGGUUCCUUCUUCACUCUGAAUCUGUUCAUCGGAGUUAUCAUCGACAACUUCAAUAUGCUUAAAAAAAAAUACGAGGGUGGCGUGCUAGAAAUGUUUCUGACCGAGAGCCAGAAACACUACUACACUGCCAUGAAGAAGCUCGGCCGGAAAAAGCCGCAGAAGGUGAUAAAACGUCCGAUGAACCAGAUUCUCGCAAUGUUCUACGACCUGUCCAACUCCAGGAGGUUCGAAAUAGCAAUCUUCGUGUUGAUAUUCCUAAACAUGCUGACGAUGGGCAUCGAGCACUACAAUCAACCGCACCCGAUUUUCUUCGUGCUGGAGGUCUCGAACGCCUUCUUCACCACGGUCUUCGGUCUCGAGGCUAUCGUCAAGAUAAUCGGUCUGCGCUACCACUACUUCACCGUACCCUGGAACCUCUUCGACUUCCUGCUGGUCCUGGCCUCGAUCCUCGGCAUUCUCAUGGAGGACAUAAUGAUCGACUUCCCGGUCUCGCCGACGCUGCUUCGCGUCGUCAGGGUUUUCAGGAUCGGCAGGAUACUCAGGCUCAUCAAAGCUGCCAAAGGCAUUCGCAAGCUGCUCUUUGCCCUCGUCGUCAGUCUGCCUGCGCUCUUUAACAUCGGAGCACUGCUGGCGCUGAUCACGUUCAUCUACGCCAUCAUCGGCAUGUCCGUGUUCGGCCACGUCCGCAAGCAGGGCGCACUUGACGAUAUGGUAAAUUUCGAAACGUUCGGUCGAAGCAUGCAGCUACUGUUUCGACUGAUGACGUCCGCCGGAUGGAACGACGUCCUCGAGUCGCUGAUGGUCCAGCCCCCGGAUUGCGAUCCGACACCCACCAGUCGAAAGCUGAACGGGGAUUGCGGCUACCCGCUGCUGGCCAUCACUUACUUCACGUCUUUCAUUAUCAUCAGUUAUAUGAUAGUCAUCAACAUGUACAUCGCCAUCAUCCUCGAGAACUUCAAUCAGGCGCAUCAGGAGGAAGAGAUCGGCAUCGUUGAGGACGACUUGGAGAUGUUCUACAUCCGGUGGUCGAAGUACGACCCACACGCGACUCAAUUCAUAAGGUUCUCCCAACUGAGCGACUUCAUAGCGAGCUUGGACCCACCUCUAGGAAUAUCAAAGCCCAACGUCGUUGCGUUGGUCAGCUUUAAUCUUCCUAUUGCGAAGGGAAACAAAAUCCACUGCCUGGACAUCUUGCACGCUCUAGUGAAGCACGUUCUCGGCCAUGUCGAGGAGUCGGAAGACUUUAAGAAACUGCAAGAGCAAAUGGACGUUAAAUUCAAGAAGCAGUUUCCCACGCGCAAGGAGCUAGAGAUCGUGUCUUCCACUAGAAUCUGGAAGAGGCAGGACAAGGCAGCCAGGCUCAUUCAGCGCACAUUCCGCGAGUACAUAACGAAUAAGAGGGAGCGUGAGCGUAUUGCCCAGGAGGUGGACUCUCAGACGCAAACCUCGAGCCCCGGCGGAAUGGGCAGUGACGGUAGGGGCGGUAGUGGAUGGGGUGGUAAGCUGUCGGCCCUACUACACGUGCACAGGGGCAGCAGGGCCAGCAGCCGCAAGUCCUCGAGGGCCAGCGACGCCAGCGACGCGAGCGAUCUGGGACAGGCCUCGGCCCUCUUCUUCCAGAACUUUCCGCUGCUGAUGCUCUCCGGCGCCACCGGUACCCACGAGGACCUGCAGCCCCCCGCCCUCACCGUCUCCCGUCCCUCGCCGACGGCGGAACAUCCCUCGGCCGCCUCAAGUUCUGGAUCGGACUCGCACGUUACUGUCAGAUCGUCGGGUCCAACGUUGGGUCGACAGGACGCCGUAGAGACUGACGAGGACGUGGCGUCGCCUCCGAUGCAGCCGAAGCGCCACUCCAUACGGCCCAGCGGAACGGCCUUGUCCCUGAACAUGUUACAACGGGACAUCAAGGAGGCGUUCAGCCGACGCUGCAGCAGCUUGCGACGCAGACCAGCCCCGGCGGUGCCGAGCACAGCUCAGCUCGCCUCGACCAUCACCGACGGCAGGGACGUCAGCAUCCUUGUGACCGAGCCGAGUCCCGAGAGUGCGGCACCGCCCAGCAGACCACCACUGUUGCGCCAACAGUCUGAGGCUACGGUCGUCCACGUGCUGGUGCACCGCGAGAGCGAGGAGUACCGCGACAGCCACGAGACCCUCGAGGAGGACUGCGAGGAGGGAGCCAGCUGAUCAACGGCCAUCGACCGCUACGACAGAUGAGGCUUGGGGGGAUUUUUUUAAGCUGACACUGUUCGCGGCGGCUGUGACACAUAUUACGCAAAUAUACGACAGCGAGGAGCGGGACCAAGGCGGCUAGUUUCUCGCGGCUUUUUUCUAUAAUAACAUAAAUAUAAUAUAUAAAUAUAUAGAGUAGAGGCGCGCGAUGUUCAAUUCGACGGGUGCGACACGCGUCGCAUCACGUUGCAGGCUGUACUUAGAAGCUGCUAUAGUAGCUGCCACUGUUGCUUUUUCUUUGGAUUUUUCAACGAAAACUAGCUGAACUUUUGUACUUUUUAUAACGGAGACGCUUGCCGCUGCGGCCCGCUCUCUAUAAUAUAUAUAUAUAAAUAUAUAUAUAUAUAUAUAUAUAUAUUAGGAUUCGUGCAUGCGCGCUCAGACUACUAUAUUCACGGUAAAACUGACGACUGCGAUGGAAUUUGUGUAGACAUAUAAUGUGAGUAUCAUAUAUGGGACCCGCGAUUUCAGGCGUAGACGAAAGAACGGCUGCGUAGCUGGGCACUUCUUUCGUCUCUGGGAAUUUGAAGCAAACGUGGCAAGACUGUAUGCCAUAUCACGUACACAGUUGGAAAUUUUUUUUUCAAUAUUCAUCAUCGGCAGUGUAUAUUAGUAUAUAUACGAUUACUUACACAUAUGUUGCAUACUUUCAAAUUUUAUGAUAAGAAAAAUGAAGAGUCGAUAUUUUUCUCGAAACAGCGAUCGUUUUUAUUUUCAACUGUGUAUUGCAUAUCGCAUGUAUGGAAAAAGUAUAAUAUAUAAAUAGUUUGUGUCGAUAGCGCUAGCGAGGUACGUAUCCACGUGUAUUAUAGGUGCUUUUCUUUGUAAAAAUGAAUAAAAGUCGCUCCGACUCGGUCUCUUCACGUUUUACGCAUGAUAAUAUAUAACGUUGUAAUAAAUAAUAAAAGUAUACAAUAUAGCGGAGCUUCUCGAUUAUUGCAGUUGUCGAGCGGUGGUAUGUGUAUUGCGCGAAUAUAUAUUACAUUGGAUGCAUAUACCCGUAGGAUAUAUAUGAUAAAAGAUGAAUCGUUCACAAAUGAAGUGUUGGUGAGAUCGCCUGUGACUGAAUUAGUCAAAAAGUUUUCAGCGCGGCUAAAGCGGAGCAGCUUCGGCGUGCAGUUUCUGACUAGUUUGUAAAUGUUUAGUUUUCAUGUCUAUAACAAUGAAUUUUCUAUAUUCAUUAAUUUGUAUAACGAGAGAAGAGAAAGAAAGAAAUGAAUUUAUUCGUCGUGAUUCUUGUAAAUUAAUAUGGUAUGUACAAACAAAGAAUUAGGAUAUGCAUUUAUAGUUUUUAAUAUACAUAUUUAUGAUAGUAAAUUUAAACGAAAGGUUUAAAGUAUAAUCGUUAUACGACAUAGAAGAGACCAUGGUAAAGCAAUCUUGCUUAUUAUAGUCAUUAAGUUUUUCUAGAUAUACACAGCUGUCGAGAUUUUAUUUAACGUUCUAUGUUUUUGAAAUUAUAGCCAGUCUAUAAUAUACGAGCGUUGAUUUGAAAUUGAUUGGGAUCACUUUGCCUCGGUCUUCUCUAUCUCUUUGUUUUAUCUUUCAAAUUUUAUAUUUUAGCGAACGAAGAAGAAAAAUAAUUGUUAUUAUAUAUGAAACAAAAACCAUAGACACUAACGCUGAUUCUAAAUCUCAGAAGUAGCUUUAGUUCCACUACUUCUGUAUAAUUAUAGUAACAAAAACAUUAUACAUAUAUAAAUAAAUUGUAAGAAAUGAUUGUACUAAAGUAGCUAGCCAUUAAUUUUUACACUAAGAAAUUGUACCAUACAUCAGUUUCAACAUGGAAAAAGAAUAAUAUCCAACGAAGUUUUGUGCGUAACCGACACAUAAGAUAACAUUUUUACGUGUACAUAUAGGCCCAACAAGAAAGAUAAUGAGAUGUAUUAUAUAUUUCCUUGUUUUAAAAGAUUCGCGCAACUGAUCGCAAUACCAGUGAGGCGUGUGUUGUACUAAAAGGCGAAUUAAAACGAAACCCGAUGAGCAUCGCGCGUGAGUAAUAAAAAAAGUAAUGGAGUUAAAAACGACAACAACAAAAUAAUGUACUGCCUGAAUAUAAACAAAACAAAACAAAAUCGUUAAGCUGGGCGUCUGUAUAUGUUUUUGCUGAUCGUUUUGAAUCGUCAGUCAGUUUUUAAUUAAAAGAUUAUUCUAUAAUAAAUAUUAUAAAUACGCCGCGUCGUAAGUCGUUGCAUAAAUACAAAAAAUUAGUUAAAAACUUAUAAUGAACACGAGACAAAAUUCUAACAAAAAAAAUAUUACAUAAAUAUAGCUAAGGGUCAUUCAUAAUUAAAUUCAAUCUGGACUCCUUAAAAUUCCUUCUUUCUAUCACACCAUGUAAAAAAUCGGCUUAUAUGCGCAAUGAUUUCCUUAUAACACACACGCGCGCGCGCGCGUACAAAACACAUGAUAAGAAAAUUAAAAAAAAAUCAGAAUAAGAUAAACAAAACCACGAAAAGCGCCGGCGAGGCCCCUUCCAAGUGUCGCCUUAGGUAAAAUUACAGGACGCGCGUUAUAUAAGCAAAAAUAUAUAAUUAUAUUCUGUAUAUAGGAUAUGUAAAAUCGUAAUCGUACAUAAACUGAAUUAAAUAAGUCAAUUAUCGAAUAACGUAAUGAUGCGUUUGACGAGUGCAGCAGUGUAAUAAUGUGAAAUUUGUCGAGAUAUGUAAAGAGUCGAUAAAAAAUACAUAGGAACGGAUGCAGGGGAUGUACAAAAUUAGAAUAUCCGUGUAAACAUAGUUUUAAAUCUGAAUGUUCAUAAUAUCAGAAUUUAAAGAUGUCAAAUGAAUGUAUACUGCAUUUUCGAAACUGUAGUGCAAUGAUUUUUUUCAAAAAGUUUGAAUAUCUUUGAAUAACGAAGAACUCAAAUUUUUCAAAACAAUCAUUGCAUUAUUAAUUAGUUUCGAAAGUGAAUAGGCAAUAUCCAUUCAAAACCCUUCCAAAAAUUGAAAAAAAAAAAGAAAAAUGAUAUACAUAGACACGGUUUGAUUUUCAAUUUUAAAUGUUAACAGAUUUAAAGCAAAUUUCCAUUCAAUGUUCUAAUUCAUAAUCAUUUCCCUCAAAGAAAAAUUGUAUGAAAAAUAACGCGUGUAUAAUUCCAUUAUAAACACAUAUACAUUUAAAACAAAUCUCGUAUAGAUGAUAUAAAGCAAUCGCGCGAGUGCGUUGUUGUACGAGAGGCUUUUUCCAGCAUGGACGCACAUAGGUGGUCAUAUAUAGUAGAAGCAAACAAAACGAGGGUCGGACAAAGGCAGAAACUGUACAAUCACUUACGUGUAAUAAAUUGGUAAAGGUCGGUAUAAUGAGUCGCCGGAAUACAUAACAAAAAAUAUAAGAGCAGUAGAUUCCCUACAUUAAAUAAUCUUAAUUUGUGAGAGAGAAACGAAGUCGACGAUAAGUCAUAAAGCUGUUGUCGGUGAUGUCUGUCUUCGUUGCUUGCGCGUAAAUAAGUCUGACUUGCUACUGCAUACACGAGUGGUUUUCGUUAAUUUAAAAAAUUGCUGAUAUUUAGCUGCCAACCAUCGACGGGCACGGGUUGCUUGACAUUGUCAUACUGACGAAUUAAAUCUUUUUUAAUUGUUAUAUAAAUAUAGCAUUGCAUAUUUACGGGAGAAAAAUAGAUCGCGUUAAAAAAAAUAACGGCAAAAAUUUUAUUUCAAAAAGUUAAAUACAUCAUUAUAAAUAAAAUGCAAAAAGAAACUUUAAAGUUCCUCGAAUGAGAAAUACGAAGCGGGUGUUCCAUUUAAAAUAAUUAAUUCAAUGUGUGUGUUGGCGAGAACUAUACAUACGAAUUAAACAGCGUAUAUUCCAACGAAGAAAGGUCUCAUUGAAAAAAUGGUGAUAUACAAAGCCGCGCCGCGGUGACUAUAUAUAAUAUGUGAGUUGGAAAGCCGAUCAAUAAAACAUGAGUCUCCGUCUUCCCUUUUCGCAUUUAUUUCGUCAUGCCCUCAAUAUAAUUGCAUCAACUGAAUAGAGCUGACAUUAGCAAUGUACCUUUAAGCCACCCUUAUAAUUAAUUAAUGAAUAUCAGCGCUGUUCCCUCGUUAAUUUUCGCAGCACACAUAUAAGUUAUUGUGCACGUCAAAAAAUAUAGUAUAUAAUAAAACAAAAUGAGAAUUCGCGCAGCGUUGAAAGAAAAUAUCGCGAAAAAUUUGUUUCGCCAAACGUCAAAACGCGCAUCUCGAUUGCUCGUCAAAAGGGGCAGUGGUCAUUGACAAUAUACCCUAACCGUCAUACGCGAAAAUAAUAAAAAAAGCUUAAUGCGUUUAAAGUAUUGACGAAAGUGAUAAGACAAAGCUCAAAGGGGAAAAUUAAGAUUAAAUGAUUAUGGGUACCGCGGCUGGUUAUAAAAAGAGCUGAAAGCGUCGCGAGAAGUAAUAAAACAAACAAAUAACAACUGCGAUAAUAGCGAAACAAGUAUAGGCGCGUUUCCGGCAUUUCUGUCUUUGUUUUACGAUCUUAACACGUGAGAAUCGAUCAAGAGAGUCUAAUAUGUACAUGCGUUACGUAAGUUGAGUGAUGAAUUUUCUAAAUAUAUGUAAUCAAAUUGUAAGAUAUAAACAGAUUUAAAAAUCUGUUUAUAUCUUACAAUAAACAAAAAAAGACAAAGCUUUUAGGUACUUACACGAUUUGUAAAACGCGACAGGAAAAAAAUAUUUCUCAAUAUCUCCCGUUUAGACAAUUAUUGAGUAUACAUAUAUAUAUUUAGGGUGAAAAUUAUGGAUUAUACUUAGCACAAUGUUACAUUGAGGAAGGCAAAACACUCAAAGAAAUAAAAAACGAAAGUACGAAAUCGCGGAAUACUUUUUGCAGCAUCCCGUGCAUGUAAGAGCGAGGCGACUACCGAGAAAAUAAAAUACAACAAUCAAAGGCCUAUAUAAAACGUAAAUUUAGGGGACGAUGGCGUUGAUUAAUGUCUUCAUCAGAUGUAGUGUCGUUAUAUUGCAAUAUAGAACUGUACAAGUGCAAUAAGAUAAAUAAACAAAGAAGAAUUACAAAAGAAAAAAAAUACAAACUCGAGUGAGCGUCGAAUCGUUUUCGAGGAAGUGUAUGUAAUAGCAUGUAUACGUCGAAUGAAAAAAACAUUGUAGAAGAGAAAUAGAGAAAACGAUGUCUCGCGCUCACUCGAACUCUUCCCCGGUAAAUCGAUGACUUCGAUGCCGUAUGCGUGCCAAUGACGUACCUUUGAUACAGUUAGGACUUACUCUGGUACCUUGAUUUCGAAUUGCUCGCUUAUCGACUGUCGAUCGCAUCGUCGCAUAUAAAAUGAAGCGAAACAAUUUAUAAUUUUCAUAUAGCAACUAAAACAGCCGAUAAACCUUUAAUAGCUAUUGCUCGCUAAAUCAUGAUUUUAAACUGAACGAGAGGUAUAUUAUUUAUUCUGUAAUGUAAUAUAUAGUAAACUUUUUAAGAGCUCUAAAAACGACUAUCUGAAAUAAAACGAUAAAAGCUUAACCAUACAGACAGGGAUCGAUAGUCAACCGAGCAGUUCGAAUGUCCGACACAUAAAUAUUUAGAAUUCUCUAUUAUAUAAUUAAACGUAUCUGCAACGUACGCAAACGCAUAUUUUAAAGAAGAUCUAUAUUCAAUUAUACAUAUAUCAUCUUUAAAGAACAAUAGAUUCUAAACUCUAAACAGUCUGUACAUAUGAUUAAUGUAUAAGAAAAGAAUACACGCGCCAUUUCCUUUCUUCGAGCCACAAUGCUAUAUAUUAACAAAAGCACGCAGACGAGCAUUCGUUUUUGCCAAAAAGUUCCGCUUUCAAACGAAAUAAUAACUCAUUCGAUUACGCACACACAGCGUGAAUAAAGUCGCGACGGGAUGAAAAUGGGAGAAAGAGGAAAAGGCGAAGAGCUCGUUGUACCAUCCAUUUAUUUUUUAGUUUUUAACUGCGAUAUAUAUAUAUAUAUAUAUAUAUAUAUAUAUAUAUAUAUAUAUAACUCUCUCACAUAUUAUCGUCAACGAAAACGGACGACCUCAUCCCCCUUUUUCCCCUUUGAAAUCCUCGUUCGCAUAUGGAUAUACAUAAAAAAUGUACGAAAAGGGGAGAAAAGUUAACUGCACAUUUGCUCGCCUCAUUGCCCGAUGCACAAAAAUGAGAGAUGCACACGCGCGAAUAAAAAUUACGUCUAUGCACAAAUUGCACGCGAUUAUCGUCGACGCAGAAAUAAGAGCCACAUGAUAUACGCUCGAGGCGAUGAAAAUUUUCGUUCCCUGCAGUGCACGCGCACAUCGCAAAAGAAUCGACGACGACGACGAAGGAUGUAUGAUCGCGUAUACGAGUAUGUACGUCGUCGAGCGAGAUGAGCAAACAGAAUAAUAAUGCCGCCACGUACACCGCGCGCGACACGUUUAAUAUAUAUAUAUAUAUAUAUAUAUAUACACUGACGGAUGACACGAGACAUGCGUAGGACAAUUAAUUAUAUAUACAGAUAAAUAAAUAUAAAUAUAAAUAUAAAUAAAUAUAUUAUGGAAACGUUCGCUAUAACGGGAACGCCAUCGUUUUUUCAAUAUCGAAAGGUUAUUACGAUACUUUCACUAGGACAUCGUUUCAUGCAUUUGCAUUACAUCGUAUAGUUGUUGUCGUUGUCACUGCGCGUUUAUUACUAUUAUUAUUAUGAUUACGACCAUUAUUAUUAUUGUCAUUAUCAAUAUUAUUGUCUUGGUUGGCCCGGCGAGUGCCCGCAAAAAAGUUACAAGAUUAAAAGAGAUAAUAUUAAAUAGAGCGUUCUCACAACACGCUGGACGAGAUGACGCAAGUGUGAGGGAGGAAAAACAAUGUAAAGAAAAAUAAUAAGACUCAGAUGUCCAACGCGUACGAAAGCUCCGACUCGUUAUCGGCUUUUACGUUCAGGGCCAGCUGUACACAAUUGGAAUCAGCAAUAUUGUACGCGGAGCAGUUAUUCUAUCAGAUAUUUUAUUAUAUAAUAGCGAUAAUUCAGAUACAAUACUUAUAACAAAAAAGAGAAACAGUGAGAAAGAUGAGCUAGACUCUACGGAUUAUACCUAGUACCUUUUGCUUGUUUUACUAUUAAUGCGAAUAAUAUUAAAUCAUAAAAAGUAUUAUAUAACUAUUCCUAAAUAAUAAAAAAGUGAAGUUUAUCGAUAACAA